AUGAUCGGGCUUGCCGAACAUCCGAUGAUGGCUUUCCAUCCGAGGUCCACGGUCGUAUUGUUGGAGACAAAUCUAAAUGUCACGCUGCUUCCCGUUCUGGAAGAAAUGACUUCAGGCAAACAGUGUAUCGCCAUUCACCACAUCAAAAUUGGUGAAGGUGAAGUUGAUAAAGCUGGCCGAUCCCGAAGAAUAAGUUUGCGUGACGGUAUUGCUGUUGGCAUAAUUUGCUGCCGGUCCGGCCGGAUCGAAGAACACGCCCGAGCAGGCAGUCACCGUUCCGUUGCUCAUGGUAUAAGGCGUUAAGGUUGGCGUUGUGCAGCUGAUGCUGGCUUCCCAGCCGGCGCUUGUCGAAGUGCCUGA